AUGCGUACACUUCUCAUCCCCUUCCCCCCCACCGAAAAAUCCUUCCUCCUCUCCCUCUGCACCCUCCACAACAUCCGUCUCAACCACCGCACCAGCCGUAACACCUGGCCGCAAAUAAUCUUCGCCCUCGAAGUCGAAGCUCCCCUCCACUACCCCGGUGGACAACACUUCGAUACCGACCCUUGGCCCCCCAGAAUCUACAUCACAUUAUAUCUUAGAAGAUACGUCGAGCGCUGGAUGCGCGAGGCGAAAAGAGAUGAGAUAGCGAGGUUGAGGGCGGAGGGAGGGAGAACGCUGACGGAGAUUAUUGACGAACAUAAUGAAUCGGGAGAGUGUGUGAGGACGAAUUUUGGGGGGUGGGUUAUGGAGCCUGGAUGUGUGUAG